AAGCAGUAUGGAUUUCAUACAAAAGUCUGGUGUCAAAAUUCCAAAUGCAGUUACUGUCAGUGGAAUUACUCAGGUAGCUGAACAAGAUGAACAAGUGAUUGACUUUCUAAAACAGUAUGGUAAAAUUGAGAGAAUCCUUUUGGUUGAUGAUUCACAGUCCGAGUUCUUUCAAAACCUGAUCGUUGAAUAUGCUAGCGGUUCAGCCUUAGAAGGUUUAGAACCUCGCUUACCGUACAUGUGCAUAGCACGAGAUGACCCCACUGUUGUCUAUGAAGUAAAAACACUCAGUAGCGUGUACGCUACCAAGGUUGGAAGUAAUGUUACCAAGACAUACUUAGCUGAGCUCAAGCAACUAGCUAAGAUGAGUGGCAAAGACUAUUGCGUGGUGUUGAAGGAAAUGAUGUCUCAGAUCGGGGAAGAUGUUGAAACUAUGCAGCCCACAACUGAAGAAUCCUCCCCCACACAUGUUGAGACCACUGUCGUAUCCCCACCCACUCAUCAAGAGCAACAGUCUUACACCUCAUUUCCAGAUGCCACACCAAGCAGCAACGGUGCCACUGACCAUGUUCCCCUCACCAAUGGAAAGAGAGCACCGUCCCUAUCAGUAAGUGACUUGAACCCACCGGACAUCCAGAGGGUCGUGGUCGAGCAUAUUGUGCGGAGGCAAGACGUUGUCCCACACAUCCAAUCCCAAGUGAGACUCCGCUCCUUCUCCGGCAAGACUCCCAGACCUAAUCAUGAAACUGAUUAUGACACAUGGCGCAUACACAUUGAGUUGCUCCAGAAUGAUCCUAGCAUGUCUCCUCUGCAAAUAUCCAGAAAAAUCCAAGAAAGCUUGCUCCCACCAGCAGCUGAUGUAGUUAAAAGCUUACGGCCUGAGUCACCGCCUGCAGCCUACCUACAGCUCCUAGACUCAGCCUUCGGUACUGUGGAAGAUGGAGAGGAGCUCUUUGCUCAAUUCCUGAACACCCUCCAAGACCCAGGUGAGAAAUCAUCCACUUACCUUCAUCGGCUCCAGUUAGCCUUGAACAGAGCAACAAAAAGGGGGGGAAUUACACAUGAAGAAGUAGACAAACAUCUUACUAAGCAGUUCUGCAGGGGGUGUUGGGAUAACACCUUGCUCAGCGCCCUGCAACUGGAGCAAAAGAAGAGCAGCCCACCCCCAUUCUCAGACCUCUUGCUAAUGAUUCGCUCCGAAGAAGAUCGACAGCAAGCAAAAUCCUGUCGUAUGAAAAAACAUAUUGGCAUCACAAAGCAAAGAGCUCAGGUGCAGUUCCAUGGCGCAUAUGUUUGUGAACCAGAGGAGAAAGAUGAGAGCAGUAUCAGUGCUAUUGAGGAUCUGAGAAAGCAAGUGGCAAGUCUGCAAAGCCAACUAACUACAUACAUGUCACAGAAAAACACCAAAGGAGCUAGCAGCAAGGGAUCUGCAGGGAAGCAACAGAGCAGGAUGUCAAAGCCAAAUGAUACAGACAUGCAAAGACAAAUCAAAAAGAAACAGACAUACAAACCCAAGCCCUGGUACUGUUUUAACUGCGGUGAAGAUGGGCACAUUGCCCCCUGCUGCACCGACCCCGCAAACCCCGACCUAGUGGCAGAAAAGAAGAGGCAGUUGGAAAAAAAACAGCGCCAGUGGGAAGCUCAAAAUGAUUCAAACUUACCUUUAAACGACUAA